UUGCAAUUUAUAAACGUACACUCACCCGCAGAGGAUCUGACCUCCCGAAACCACUUGCACUAUAAAACCGAAGAUAUUUCCAAGCUGAAAUCAUUUUCAAGUGUGAGUGAGAUUUUCUGCUUAAACCCUAGCCGCUUCACUCAUUUCUCAGUAACUUUGAAGGCUUAACUCAGUCUUCAAUCAAAAUGGCUUUCUGCAACAAGCUUGGAAACCUCUUGAGACAGGGUGCUACUCAGAGCAGCCAUGCUCCUGUUUCAUCCAUGCUUAACUAUCUUCGUCACAUGUCUUCAAGCAAGCUCUUCAUUGGAGGCCUUUCAUAUGGAGUUGAUGACCAGUCUCUUAAGGAUGCAUUUCAAAGCUAUGGGGAGGUCAUCGAGGCAAGAGUUAUCACCGAUAGAGACACUGGAAGAUCGAGGGGAUUUGGAUUUGUUAACUUCACCAGUGAUGAGUCUGCAACUUCAGCACUCUCUGCUAUGGACGGGCAGGAUUUGAACGGCAGAAACAUUCGUGUGUCCUAUGCUAAUGACAGACCUUCUGCACCUCGUGGUGGCGGCGGUGGUUAUGGCGGCGGCUAUGGGGACGGUGGUUUUUCAAACCGUGGUGGCGGUGGAGGAGGUGGCGGUUGGUGAUGCAUCUUCUCAAUUGAUGUGUUUUCUGGUUAUAUUGAGUUCUUGUGUCUAAAAUUUCUAUGAACUUGUUACAAUCCAAGUGGAAAAUCACUAAUUAGUAAAAUGUUAUGGAUUUUUUUUUUCAAAUUUUGGUGGUUAUGUUUUUCUAGGUUCAAUGUGUUUUAACUCCUAAAAUAAUAUAGUACAAUAUGAUGUGGUUUUCUAUA